GUCUGGAUAACUUGGCUGGAAUCUUGAUUUGCUUCCGAGUGACCUCAGCAAGAUUUUUCUCUGAAGCUUAGUUUCCCUAUUUAUGAAACAUAGGAGUUGUACUAGAAUCUGUCCCAUAGAUUAGUCCUAAUUUCCUUUCUAUCUUUAAAUGCCCUGUUCUGAGGAUCAGACAGUCCACGAUCAUCCUCUACCAAGCUGCACUCAGCUUCUUCCCUGCCUUGACUCUAUUCCUCCCCUUCACCCUGGGAUCCCCUCUCGUUUUACUGAGCAUAGCAGUAAUUAAAUUUUCCUAUGAUGUUUAAACUGACCUGAGUCGCUGGAAUAGCGGAUCAUAAAUAGCUAGGUGUUGCUCUUUGCAUCUACCCCUUUUGCCUCCAGGGAGUGGAGGAGUGCUGGCGAGGGAGGGGGCGGACGCCUCUUGAAUUGCAGCCAUUCCGGACCUUUGAUUCAAACCGUGACACCGGCAAAUUAAAAAAUAAAGAGGGAACAUUUAUACCCCCCAAAAGGGGGAAAAAAACUCACGCAAGCAUCCCCAAAUGUUUAAUGUAAUCACCGGCCAGCUGUGUGCACUUGUAAAGUUGUUAUAAUCCCCCUCCUUGUUAUAAACAGGAAAGGACAGAAUAUAAAGCAACAGGCCUGCAUUCACAAAUACCAGCUUUCCUCCUGAAGCCUGCCAAGUCCCCCUUUUAUGGUACUCCUCGCUUGCAAUCUCAGCCUUGCCAAAGACCCCAUUUUUGCUCUCCCACUUCCAAUAGAGGAUCGAUCAAACUUUUCUCUGCUCGCGAUUCCCUGAUCACCGCAGACCACUUCCACCUUUGCAGAGCCCCAGAGAUCAACAUUAUUUUAACUCAACUUCUAAACUGGCCAUUGAGGCUUCGCCAAUUUCUCCAACCCGGCUUCAGCCGUAGGUUCACGCGAUCUGAUUGCCCCCGGACUUAGUUAUCCGGGAUUGAAUUUAUUUACACUGAGAUUCGACAAAUGUCUAAAAAAGUGUGGAAAGACUGGGAAUUCUAUCGCACCCACAUUCCAAUAUCACCUCCUCUGUCAAUUACCCGGCACCUCAAAAAUCAAACUCCAUUUCCUUUCCAUUUCCCAAAAUUCGUGAUUUUUUUUUCUUUCCUUCUCUCCCUUUCCCGCCCCUCCGGGUCCGAUUAAAAAACAUCUUCUAAAGUUUUUGAAAGCUUUUAUAAGGAUCAUUCAUCUUCCCAUAAAAUAGAGAGAAAAAGGAGAUUCUCUGUCCUUGGAGUGGGGAUGGGCCACGAGAGCUCCCUCCCAGCCUGCACUGGUCGUGGUCCGCUUCUCUCUUGAUUAAUCUUUUCGCCCCCACUUUCUUUCUCUCUGUAUCUGGCCUGCUCGGACCCUGCGCCGAGCUGUAGCAGUUAACAUCCUGCUUUGCUGAGUUGUGUGUGCUUACAGCGUCAAGGGGUGGACGUGAUAUUUCAAACAUCAGAUCAGUGCGUUUAUAUAUUGGGUGCCCGGAAAUUUUUCCAAAUAAACACAGCUUGAUUCAACUUGGGUGGGCAGACUUAUCAACAGACUAAUUCUAUAAACAAAUGAAGAAAUAACCCAGAAAACGAUUGGCUGGUAUCAAAAAGACACGUGGAGAAAAGCUUGGAGUUUUUCAGCAAUGAAAUUUUAAUUAAUGUGGGUGGGCUGAGAACACAACGAUUGUUUAUCAUAGACAAUUUAUUUUCCAGUGCUAAGUCAACAUAUAAUAGCAAACUUACAACAAUUAUUUAACAUUUUUAAAGGCAUGAAGAAGGGACACAGCGAGAGCUGGCUGGGGAAAGAGGCAGAGCCGGAGGGAGCUAGAGCUGCAGGCUCGCGGCUGGGUCUCCCGGGCUUGGGGAACCUCUCCCUGGCUCACCCUCGCCUUCUCUUUGCGGGACAGCCCGGAGCUCUCUUAGCCUCGCCAUGACCCAUCUCUACAAUCACCACCUACCUCCUCUGGUCAGCCCCUCGGUGUUGUACGUAUACGGCCCGGAGCGUCCCGGCCUGCCCCUGGGUUUCUCUCCUCCCGCUACCUUGGUUGGAGCGGGUCGGGCCGAGCCCCCCCAGAAGCCUCCCUACAGCUACAUCGCCCUCAUCGCCAUGGCCAUCAAGGACGCCCCAGAGCAGAGGGUUACGCUUAACGGCAUCUACCAGUUCAUCAUGGACCGCUUCCCGUUCUAUCACGACAACAAGCAGGGCUGGCAGAACAGCAUCCGCCACAACUUGUCUCUGAAUGACUGUUUUGUCAAGGUGCCCCGGGAGAAGGGCCGUCCGGGCAAAGGCAGCUACUGGACCCUGGACCCCCGCUGCCUGGACAUGUUUGAGCACGGCAACUAUAGACGCCGGAAGAGGAAGCCCAAGCCCGGCUCAGGGGUCCAGGAGGCCAAGAGAGGCAAAGGGGACACGGAGGAGGCUGGAGUCCAGGUGGGCCGGAGAGUCAGGCUGGAGGAAAGGGAAGACAGUUCUGAAGGCAGCCGGGGAGGAGGAGGGAAAGGAAGAGGAGGGGAGGGAAGGGGAGAAGGAACAGGCAUUGAAGGAGAUAGAAGAGGGGGAGGAAGGAAUCAAGAAAGAGGAGAAUAUGGAAGGAGUGAAGCAGGAGGAGGGGGAGGAAGGAGAGAAGGAGGUGAAGAAAGCGAAGGAAGUAGUGAGGGAGCUUCCCAGGGGCACGCUGCCUCGGCCCCCACUCACCCCUCCACCAGAUGCUCUUCCCCCCUCUACUGGUCCAGCCCUGGCCUCCUUUCCUUGGCGUCGGAAGACGCCGCCCAGGACAGUCUUCAGAGAGAUGCUGCUAUCUCAGACCAGGCAACCGGACAGCCAGCUGAGAGCACAGCUACUUUGGGGUCUUCUCUGCCCCCUGGCCCUCCAGACACGGACCCGGAGGACCCAGCCCUUCCCCAAAUCACCGAGAAGCCCAAGAGCUUCAGCAUAGACAGUAUCCUGGCCCGGGCACAGAGCCAGAAGCCAGUCAGAAGGGAAGAGUCGGCCGGGGAAACCAAAUAUCCCGGGGAGUUGCUACCCGGGGGAUGCUUCAGCUCUACCCUUUUUACUAGCUCUCCUGGUCUUUGCCCUACUUUCAGUGGCUCUCUGAUGCUGGAUUCUCACGUUCAAGGGCGACUUUACCAGUUGGGGAUCCCUCUUCUGUCAUAUUUCCCCCUCCAGCUCUCUGAUACGGUAUUUAAUUUUCAGUAAUAGGAACAGGCGGGAUUUUUUUUUUUCCUCCUUCUGUUUCUCCAAAGCUUGGAACCUGUCCCUUGCAAGGGACGCCAGCGACUGACCACGACCAAAGAGGGUGAAAAGCAUAUUAUUUUAACUUUGCUUGUUUAUUUGUUUGAAAGACAUUUGCCAACCUGUCUGUUCAGGAAAUUUUCAGCGAACCUCAAGUGGAGAUGUGAACAGCUCAAAAAAUUCUCCUAUUCUGGGCUGGCUGGUUUAUCUUUUGUAAUCCGAAUCUCUGUUCUUUGCACCCUUCCUCCCCUUUUUAAUGUUCACGUUUUGAAUGUUCUUAAACCCGAUUCCAAGAGGCUGAUGUUUGUUCUCCCCUCCUCUCUCCCCCGCCCCCCACCCCAUCCCUGAAAGUUUUAUUAUAGGCUACCGAGAGACAGCAUACACACCCAAGACCAAAUAAGUCUAUCUCAAAGCUACAGCAAAUAAGUCUAUCUCAAAGCUACAGUUUAGAUCCCGAAUAAUCCCACUCCCUGGCCUCUCCCCAUUACCACUGCCAUCCCUUUGCCCUGGAUUCCCGACCACUUCGGUAUGAUAGAGUAUAAAACAGACAGCAGUUGUAAUACACAUGGAUUAGGGAGGCAAGGCAACUUCAAGUUCAACUGUAGCUUCCCUCUGGCCUAGGGGAUUUAGAGAUGUUUGUAGAACAGGUCAGUUGGGCUGACUUUCGCCGAGAGUGUAUCAGACUGAAGGUGCCAUUCACUGAAUCAGGUCCCGGGGAAAACUCCGAUUGUUCGCAGCCGUUUUACGAGAGAGACGUGAAGGUGGAAGUUGUCUUACCAAUUGGACAACAACCAAGAUCAGUCACAAUUUUUAUAGGGCUGUUUCUUUUUUUUUUUUUCCUUUCUUUUUUUCCUCCAGAUAUACGGUUCAAGCAACAUGUUUUAUUUCUGCUAUAAAUAGUGGACUUUAAAAAAAAUAAUCAUAACCGACCUUUGAAAACAUCUAUAUUAGCAAUCUUCACUAUGAAUGUACACUCUAGCCAAUAAAAUGUUUUGUCCAUUUAUGCAA